AUGGGCACAACGCAAAGCAGCGAAAUGGCAUGUCGCAACGGAUGGGGUUAUCUGGCCCCGGGAGCCGCCCCGGGGCUCGCUAACUACGUGCACGCACGCCUCAUUGACAAUUUCAACACAGACAGGACGGUAUUCGUCUCAGGGACGUCCAGCAGGCGAAGCGAUGGGACCUUCGAAGGCUGCGAGGAAAAGCCUGACGGGACGUUCGUCCUCGAUUGUGGGGUUCAGACUGCGGCGGUUCUGAGGAACAUCGGGACCAUCAUACGAGGCGCUACGGGCGGCAGGUGCGGGCUGGAGAGCGUCGUGGAUGCGACUGUCUUCUUGACCAACAUGAAGGCCGAUUAUGCUGCUAUGAACGCUGAGUGGAACAAGGUCUGGCCGGACCGGAGCAAGGCCCCGACCCGAACGUGCGUGCAAGUCGCUGCGUUGCCAAAUGAGAGGCUGAAUGUCGAGAUCAAAUGUCAGGCCGUUGUCAAGACCUGGUCGACUGGGGAAAUUGCCUUAUGA